AUGCAGAGGUAUAGUAAAAAUAAAAAAUUGCCACUUGAUACUUACAAUGUAGCGCAAAGGGGGCACAUAGCCGAGAGCGCACGAGUUCGCCCGCCGCUCGGCCGCGCCGCCGCGCUACCGCCGCAUGGCGCCAAGUCGCCAGGUUCCGCGCGCGAUGCUUACGCGCGUGCACAACCCGCGCGUGAAAAACCCGCGCGCAAAAUCCCGCGCGCGAUACCUCUGCGAGCACAGCACGUGCCGCGUCGCCAGCCACGCGUGCAGUCCACGUAA